AUGGUGUACAUCUUUGGUCCCAGGCAGAAAUGUGGGGCUCCCUAUGAGUUUGAGGCCAACCUGGUCUACACAGAGAGUUCCAAGCUAGCCCGAGGACCCGAGGACUUGGAUGAGGGUGCAGUACCAGGGAUGGAGAAUAGUGAACCCUGCUCUGCUAGGAAGUUUGGAGGUGGCAGUUCUGGGCGUGGCGCACGCACCGGACUCCCGGCACCGAACGGGUGCCGGGCUGGGCCUCGGCUGGCCCCGGGGGAGCGAGUGGGGCGGGGCCGCCGCGCCCGCCUUCUCCUCCUCCUCCCGCCGCGCGGGCUCAGAGCGGCGGCAGUAGCGGCCGCGGCGACAUCUCCAGUUCUCGCUCCGGCUCCCGCACUCCCGGGCCCCGCGCCCCGACCCCGCCGCCGCUCCUGCCGGGGGCCUAGCGCGCCCCCUCCGCGCUUCACGCUGAAGUUCCUGGCCGUGCUGCUGGCCGCGGGCAUGCUGGCGUUCCUCGGUGCCGUCAUCUGCAUCAUCGCCAGCGUGCCCCUGGCGGCCAGCCCCGCGCGCGCGCUGCCCGGCGGCACCGACAAUGCCUCGGCCGCCGGCGCCCCGGGCCCGCAGCGCAGCCUGAGCGCCCUGCACGGCGCUGGCGGCUCGGCCGGGCCCUCGGCGUUGCCCGGAGAGCCUGCUGCCAGCGUCUUCCCGCCGCCGCCCGGGCCGCUGCUCAGCCGCUUCCUCUGCACGCCGCUAGCAGCCGCCUGCCCGUCGGGGACCGAGCAGGGGGACGCGGCGGGCGAGCGAGCGGAGCUGCUGCUGCUGCAGAGCACGGCGGAGCAGCUGCGCCAGACGGCGCUGCAGCAGGAGGCGCGCAUCCGUGCAGACCGGGACACCAUCCGCGAGCUCACCGGCAAGCUGGGCCGCUGCGAGAGCGGCCUGCCGCGCGGCCUCCAGGAUGCCGGACCGCGCCGCGACACCAUGGCCGACGGCGCCUGGGACUCACCCGCGCUGCUCCUGGAGCUGGAGGACGCGGUGCGCGCGCUGCGAGACCGCAUCGAGCGCAUCGAGCAGGAGCUGCCAGCCCGUGGGAACCUCUCGGCGCCGGCCCCGGCCGUGCCCACCGCCCUGCACUCCAAGAUGGACGAGCUGGAAGGCCAGCUGCUGGCGAAGGUACUGGCGCUGGAGAAGGAGCGCGCUGCCCUCAGUCACGGCAGCCACCAGCAGCGACAGGAAGUGGAGAAGGAGCUGAAUGCCCUACAGGGUCGAGUAGCAGAGCUGGAGCAUGGGUCCUCGGCCUACAGUCCCCCAGAUGCCUUCAGGGUCAGCAUCCCCAUCCGCAACAACUACAUGUACGCCCGCGUUCGCAAGGCGCUGCCGGAACUCUACGCCUUCACCACCUGCAUGUGGCUGCGCUCCAGGUCGGGUGGCUCCGGCCAGGGCACCCCCUUCUCCUACUCGGUGCCCGGGCAAGCCAAUGAGAUCGUGCUGCUGGAGGCCGGCCUUGAGCCAAUGGAGCUGCUGAUCAACGACAAGGUGGCCCAGCUGCCUCUGAGCCUGAAGGACAACAAUUGGCACCACAUCUGCAUUGCCUGGACCACCAGGGAUGGGCUGUGGUCUGCGUAUCAGGAUGGUGAACUUCGGGGCUCUGGUGAGAACCUGGCAGCCUGGCACCCCAUCAAGCCACAUGGUAUCCUUAUCCUGGGCCAAGAGCAGGACACCCUGGGGGGCCGAUUCGAUGCCACUCAGGCCUUUGUCGGUGACAUUGCACAGUUCAACCUGUGGGACCACGUCCUGACACCUGCCCAGGUCCUUGGCAUGGCCAACUGCACUGGACCUCUGAUGGGCAAUGUCCUUCCCUGGGAAGAUAAGCUGGUGGAGGCCUUCGGAGGUGCAAAGAAGGCCACCUUUGAUGUCUGCAAGGGGAGGGCCAAGGCAUGAGGAGCCACCUUGUUCAGAGCCCCUCCCUUGCCUGUCACUUUGGGGACCUUGAAGGGGCACUUCCCUCCACAGCCUGUCCACGUGCUGACCUGCCCUCCUACCACACUCCCGGCCACACCUCCCACUUCCCAUCACAGGCACCCACACCUCCAGAAUGUCCUGCCCUGGAUGGAUGUCCCCUCAACUGCCUGGGUAGGGACCAGUAUCUCAAGUCCAUUGACCCAACCUAGGGGAGUCGAGGCCGUCCUGCCUCCCGGCAAUGUAUUGGCUUGGCCUCUCCCGCUCACACACUCUGUCCCCCACCAGUCACAUCAGACCGCACUAAUUCCAACAUUCCCCGAGGAGUUGUGGGUAGAGGUGGCCUCUGACCCUCUCAUCCCCUAUGCCUCAGGCCUACACGGACGGUAGAAGGGAUGCCAGUGAUGUGUGAGAUCAGACCCUCCUCGUCUGUCGUCCUCAGUUGCCCACAGGGGCUACAGGACCAUCGCUCCCAUUGCCCCCCUCUUCCUCCUUCCUCGCACCAGUUUCUUUGUGUGUUGUGGUUAGAAUGUUGGUUUGAUGUCAGUUCAAGCCCUGCCUCAGUUUCCAGGAUGUUCCCUUCCCAUCUCCCACCUAACAGCUAGGGACCAAGACCUUGGAGGCCAAAGGGCUGUAAUCACCCCCAUACCCACCGGCAACUUUGCCCACCAGCAUGGUUGACCACCCCACCCCCAUGCCCAAGACAGGACCUGGGUCACUCUAGCCUAGCCUGAGAGCAUCCAAAGCAGAGGCACCAUGUCCUAGGAGACAUUUUCCUGCCAGAGCCCUGUGGCUUAGCCACCAUGUCAACGCCUUCUGUGUGGCCCUGGAAAGACCGGAGGACAGAGAAAGAGAGAGAGAGAGAGAGAAAGAGAGAGAGACAGAGACAGAGACAGAGAGAGACAGACAGAGGCAGACAGUGAGAGAGAGAGAGAGAGAGAGCAGUGCACUGAGUGAGAGAGAGGACCCCUUAUUUCAUAGUCAGCCCUGCUGCUGACUUGCUGUGUGGCCUUCUGUAAGAACUUACCCUUUCUAGGCCUGGCUUUCCCCCUUUGUAAGCUGAGGCCAUACUCCUGGCAGCUUCCGAGAAUGCCCCACUUAGAAUAUGAGAUGAGCCAUGAUACCUGGUGGACAGAGCAGGCAAAGAUAGCACUGAAGACCCAGUGCUUAGCACAGAAGAUUCUGGAACUGGAUACCAGAUGGGAUCGUGUAGGCAGGGGUUAGGGUCACAGCUGGCUCAAAGGCUCAAGGCAGACCAGACUCACAUAAUUGUUAGCUCCCAUCCUCCACCCUUGUUUUUCUGAGAGUCUCAGCUAGUGGCUACCUGGUCGUCUGUGAGUCCUUACCAGCUCCCCCAGGAGCACAGAAUGUCAGUGCUGAGAAAGACCACCAAUUGUAAGUUCUUGCUUGUGGAAAAUGGGGAAGAGCAGAGAGAGGGCAAUGAACAUGUCCAGGAUCAUACAGCACAGCAUUGUGGGCCCAGAGUCUCGGAAUCCCUCCUCAGUGCGCUUCCUGCAUACCAUACUGCCUGUCCUUGAGGGUCUUUGAGCCCAUCUUAUACCUGUGCAGGGAGGCAUUUGAGAGGGCUCAGUGUUUUCCAACAUCUUAGUGGGACAUCCAACCUCAGGCUGUAAGGGAAAGAGCCAGGCCAGAUAGAUGGCUGAGGACAAAGUGCCCUCCUGGUCCUCUCUCAAGUACUGGCACAGUUAGCAGCUGGCUGAAUCAGUGGGCACUGGUGCCCCCCACCUCCGUCCCCUCCAACUUUUGUCCCUGUCUGUGCUCCCAAUGGCUAUUCAGCCUGAGAUGUGUCGCAGGAGUAGGAGGCUGCAGCCCAUGUCAGGGAAGCAUGCCCAAGACUUGCCUCUGGCCUGCAGAUCUCUGUUUCCAUUUUGAGAGCAACUACACAUCUCAGCACCCCCAUCCCCAUCCCUGAAGAUAGUUGCAGUGGCUUCACCCAGACCUGCUGAGAUGUAGGUUGCCCAGUAACAGCCAAUGACAUCGGCUCCAGUGCUGGGUCAAGUGUCUGUCGUUCAAAUUGUUGCUGGGUGACAGCUGGAUUCAGAACUUAGACCUCAGGGACUCUGAGCCUCAUCAAGCUUUCGAUAUUGUUCUAAAAGAGGUAGCUUUAGAGGAGACCUUAGGAGGACAGAGUCUUAGGAAGGAUGUGGCAGAAACUGCUGGGUCAUUUGAGCCCACCAGGCACACCAUCCCAAUCCUUUCUGCUUUGUCACAACGGUAAUGAGAAAUGACGCCUCUGCCACAUUCCUAUGCCAGGUCACCCUGGUUAAACUUCAGCCACCUCCCCCCAGGAGAAAGAAAUGGAGAUGUUGGCGCAUGUCUCUGAGUGUGGAUCACUAGGGAAAGGGCUGGCUCUCUAUUUCCAGAGUCCUCAACUGUUCUCAUCUAUUGCACCAUGAAUAUUCCCUGAGCAUGUGGACCCCUGUUUUGAUGCCUUCUGCUGCUCCCAACAGGACAGCUUCCACCCUGAGCUGCCCCUGGGUCUGAUGAAGAUGGAGCUGGGUUUGCAAGCAGUUUUAGGUGCUGCAACUGCAGAGCACGCUAUCUGCACUGUCUGCGACUGUCCUUAGCCUGUGAUGCAGAAGAGAAGGGCAGGGCUCUGAGAAGGUAGAGUAACUUGCCCGGUGUCGAUUGGCCAGCUGAUGACAGUGCUAUUUCUAUUUGGAGGCAGGUUACAUGCCUGGAGGAUGGAGCCACCUCCAGAGUGCAGAAGGAGCAGAGAUAAGGUGCGGGGCUCAGAGCCAGUGAAGGGUCUCUCACCUGUGCUCAAGCCUCAGCCUCUACCUGGGCUGCAGUUUGCAGGGCAGGAAAGGAGUGUCUCUGGAGUGAAGGCAGGAAGGCAGGGUGGAGGUGGCCCCUCCUCAGCCUCCUGCUCUGGACAAGGCUUAUGCCAGGUGCUCUAAGCUGAUCUCUGCCAGACUGCCCACCCACUCCCCCGCAUGUGGUGGUCUCUCUCACAUCCCAAGGCAUCAUCUCGCCAGUUAGACAUGAACAGGACCACAGACAUGAGCAACUGUGGGAGGGAACUCAACCCUUGGCUUGCAGAUGGAGAAGCUGAGGCCUGGCCAGGGAGCACAAAUGACCCUUGAGGUCCCUCUGACUGUGCCUGUCUUCUCCAUUUUCCCCAAACUGGGUCCCACCUACCUGUAAGUCCCAGCACCUUUGGCCUAAAAACUAGAGGAGUGUCUUCUCCCAGAUAGGGGCCUUGACUCUAGCUGCCUGCCAUCCCAGGUCCCACCUCCAAGCCUGUCCCCUGCCCCUGCAGGGUGAGGGACCAGCUCCUUCCCAGACUGAGCAGCCAGCAGUGCGCAUGUGAAGUUGUCAUCAUCGUCCUUGGACACUGUGGAAUGAGUGCCCUCCCUCCUCACUUGGCUCUAUUUUGUAAAUAAGUGACAUGAGAUAUUUUGUGUGUAUGUGUAUGUGUGAGUGUGUGUGUGUCAUGGUUUUGUUACCAUUUUUUGUUUUUGUAAAUUUGAAUGUUCAAAAUAAACGUGGUUUAAUCGGAA